GGCACUUUCUCUCCUCUUCUCUCUCAAAAAGGCCGGCCCUAUAGGGGAGUUUAACUAGCAUCUAAAGCUUCCCUUUAGUCUUCCAUCUUGUCUUCAUAUCUCUACCUUGGUGUGGAGACUUAGAGGAACCAUCAUUUUGGUGCUUGGAGAAUCUUUUCAUCUAGGCUUCAAGAAGCAAAGGAGUCAAAUCUAUGGAGCAAAUGAAGUGGAACAAAGGCCCUCACAUGGGUGAUAACCUUGUGAAAACAAGGAAGAGCUUCAAGGUUUGCCUGUGUUCAAAUAUUCUCACGUUCUCCAUCAUCUCUCAUUUCUCCCAGGCGUUCCUUGCUCGCGUCUUACUGUUUCGCACCCUCAAGGAAUCGAGUCGUGAUUUGUCGCUCUUCAAGUUCAAGUCCGGCGCCGUUGUUCUCUUCGUUGUCCUCGGGCUGCUCAACUCGCUGUUCGAGGGGAAGGCGGUGGCGAAAUUACUCUUCAAGCUCUUUGGGUUCGUGAUGAAGAUGAGCCACAGAGAGCUGCAAGGGGAGGAUCUGACAGACUGUUCGACGCUCUUCGCCUCAUCAAUUGGCGCCAAGGUGGCGCCACGACCGGCGUCAAUGCUGGUAACUUUCCGCUGAGGUAACGGAUUUCGGUUUUCUUCUGGAAGUGCUCCUCUUUUGUUUAUUUCGUUGAUUGAAUUUUUGUGGGUUUGUUUUGGAUUUAGUGUUAUUUGGGAAUUUUGGCGUCUGUGUUGGUGAAAUUUUACGGAAAUUUCUGAUGGAUUAUUGUAUAAAUUCCUGAAUUUUCAUAUGAACUGUUUUCUUCGUGAUUUAUCUGUACUUGUGGGUUGUUGGGUUAUUUUUCUGGGACCUUUGAGGAAUGGCGAAUUCUCUUGAUAUGUGGUACAUUUUGACAAAAAUGGCUGCCCAAGGUGUGAAGUUUUUUGCUCAGUA